AUGGAUUCUUUAGUUGGUUACGGGAGUGACGACGAAAAUGAAUCUGAGCGAUAUGGAAGCCAACAAGCAUCGGUGGGGGCUGGCGCCAGCUGCAGUUUUCGACGCCGGGACGACGACACAAACUACGAUGAUGUGAACAUGGACAUGAGCGAGGAUUCUCAGGAUGCUGAGUCAGAACCCGAGCUGCCACCUGCAGAGCCUCCCUCUCCACAGCAGCCUUCAAGAGAUCAGCGUAGAGGUUCUAAUGACAGCCGAGAGCGCGAUCGCGAACGGGAUCGCGAGUUUGACCGUAAAGAGAGACGUCGCGAGUCCCCAGGCCGCAGUCGGUCUGACAGAGAACGCUCUGAUAGGCGCUCACCACGUAGAGAUGAAAGAUACAGAUCGGAUCGUGAUCGCACUGGAAGUAGGCCGGAGCCCCGUCGCGGGUUGUUGGGCGAUCGGCCUGAUGAUAAAGUGCCAGCACUCAUGGACCUCAAACCAUUUGCUGGAGAUUUACCGACGGCUUCAGACAAGAGGUCACAAGAUGCUCGGGAUGCUGUAUCGCCUAGGUUUGUGGAUCGUGAUCGCCGCGAUAGAGACAGGGACCGUGAACGGGAACGCGAUAGAGAUCGCCACGGUAGACGCUCAGAGGAAAAGAGGUCUUCUAGUCACAGACAUGAUCGCCGUGAUAGAUCCAGAUCCCGAUCCCGUGGUGCACCUCACUCUUCUAGUCACUCGUCCGGCUCUAGUGAACGACGCUCACCGUCCGGAGACUACAGGCCUUCGUCCUACAAGGUCAAUAAGAAACUGGAAGUAAUGGAAAAGAUGGGUUUACAAAUUAAGACUCCAGAUGGUUCCAUGGCGACAGCUCAACAGCUGCGUGCUGCGGCCCAUGAUGCACCUUCAACCACUUCAGGUGGUCUGCCAUCAUAUUACAAUCCCAGCGCAGUCAAUGCUUCUAAGAUAUUAAAUCAGGUACAGAAACGGAAGCUUUUAUGGGGAAAUAAGAAUAAGACUGAAGCUGAAGAGGCAGCCAAGUGGAGUGGAACACGGUUUGCCCAGGAUACAGAUGGAAAGCAAGUCACCAAAUUUAUGAGGCUAAUGGGCAUAAAGGAACCUGCUGCCGUUAAUGAAACACCAGACAAGACCGCCGACCCUAUAAAGAAGCAAGAGGACUUAUUUCAAGCAAUGCAAGCUCAGUACGAAGUCGCCCGAGCCACCACACACACGAUGCGCGGCGUCGGCCUCGGUUUACAAAUUAAGACUCCAGAUGCUUCCAUGGCGACAGCUCAACAGCUGCGUGCUGCGGCCCAUGAUGCACCUUCAACCACUUCAGGUGGUCUGCCAUCAUAUUACAAUCCCAGCGCAGUCAAUGCUUCUAAGAUAUUAAAUCAGGUACAGAAACGGAAGCUUUUAUGGGGAAAUAAGAAUAAGACUGAAGCUGAAGAGGCAGCCAAGUGGAGUGGAACACGGUUUGCCCAGGAUACAGAUGGAAAGCAAGUCACCAAAUUUAUGAGGCUAAUGGGCAUAAAGGAACCUGCUGCCGUUAAUGAAACACCAGACAAGACCGCCGACCCUAUAAAGAAGCAAGAGGACUUAUUUCAAGCAAUGCAAGCUCAGUACGAAGUCGCCCGAGCCACCACACACACGAUGCGCGGCGUCGGCCUCGGUUUACAAAUUAAGACUCCAGAUGCUUCCAUGGCGACAGCUCAACAGCUGCGUGCUGCGGCCCAUGAUGCACCUUCAACCACUUCAGGUGGUCUGCCAUCAUAUUACAAUCCCAGCGCAGUCAAUGCUUCUAAGAUAUUAAAUCAGGUACAGAAACGGAAGCUUUUAUGGGGAAAUAAGAAUAAGACUGAAGCUGAAGAGGCAGCCAAGUGGAGUGGAACACGGUUUGCCCAGGAUACAGAUGGAAAGCAAGUCACCAAAUUUAUGAGGCUAAUGGGCAUAAAGGAACCUGCUGCCGUUAAUGAAACACCAGACAAGACCGCCGACCCUAUAAAGAAGCAAGAGGACUUAUUUCAAGCAAUGCAAGCUCAGUACGAAGUCGCCCGAGCCACCACACACACGAUGCGCGGCGUCGGCCUCGGUUUUCAAAGAGGACAAUAUUAA